AUGUCAAGCCCUUCUCUAUGCCCGCAGCCACCACCAGAAGAAGAUUUGCAGCAGCAGCAGCACCUGGAAGAGGCCCAAGAACCCUUAAUCAUGGAGGAAGAUCCCCAGACCCAGAUCCAUGAAAUUGAGAACCAACCCGACCAGGGCUUGGCCCCAGAAGAAGCUCAGGCUGAAGAUCAAGAAAACCCUGAAGCCCCAAAGGUACAAGAAUUCGCCGAGUUGCACGUUGUCUUACCAAUAACAGACCCCCACGUGGCUGUUUCUGAGAGAACUGUGACGACUCCAUCCCACAACCCUCAAAAUCGUAGGGGAGUCAACAAGAGGAAGAAGGGUAAGUCCAAUGUUAAGAAACAACAAGCGAUUGAAAAAAAGUUGCUAGCUUUGAUGGAAAAAUUGAAUCCCAUCCCCUCUAUACCACCUAAUAUGCUUAAUUUCUCUAAGCAUGAGAAACUUUUGAAGAGACUUGGUUUGUGGGAUUUUUUUCAUCUAGAAUUUGAUAGGGAUGUAAGGGUAGACUUGGUUGCACAGUUGGUUGCUACUUAUGAUCCAAAACUGAGGUGUAGCUAUGUUAAUGAGUUCCGUAUUGCGGUCAAUAGGGCUGACAUGGCACGUGCAUUUAAGUUGCCGUUGAAGAAGGAAAAGGGGAAUGUGGGUGGAGUAGAAAGUGUGGACGUGGAUUCCGAGCUUGUAUCCGAAGAUUCAAAAGGGUUUAUUGAGGAUUUUGUGUCCAAAUGUGUGCUUUUGCAUGAGGACCUAUGGAUAACACCAGUUGAGGUGGUGAAUUGGUUGGGGAUGAUAAGGAAGGGGCACCCUGAGAAGGUGGAUUGGGCCACAUUAUUCUGGUUAAUGAUGGAGAAGGAGUUGACUAAAGGGGAGCGCUUGGGGGAUUGCUACUAUGCAUCACAUUUUCAGUACUUAAUUAAGUCGCAGCGCGAAGAGGUGUUAUUGUUGAGGGAGGAAGAGACAGCAACGGAAAAGGUGGAGUUGAAUGAGGAGGUAAAGGAUGAGGAUGGGGUAAAUGAGGAGGAGGUGAAGGCAAAGGAGGAGGAUGGGGUUAAUGAAGAGGAUGUGAAGGCAAAGGAGGAGGAUGGGGUUAAUGAGGAGGAUGUGAAGGCAAAGGAAAAGGAGGAUGGGGUUAAUGAGGAGAAUGUGAAAGCAAGGGAGGAGGAGGAUGGGGUUAAUGAGGAGGAUGUGAAGGCAAAGGAGGAGGAGGAGGUUAAUGAGGAGAAUGUGAAAGCAGAGGAGGAGGAGGAGGAGGAUGGGGUUAAUGAGGAGGAUGUGAAAGCAGAGGAGGCGGAGGAUGGGGUUCAUGAAGAGGAUGUGAAAGCAGAGGAGGAGGAUGAUGAUUGGGUUCAUGAGGAGGAUGUGAAAGCAGAGGAGGAGGAGGAGGAGGAGGAUGGGGUUAAUGAGGAGGAUGUGAGGUUUGGUGUUGUAGGUGAAGUGCCGGAAGUAGAGGGUAAUGUGAUGGAUGGGCUGAACUUUGAGCUAACACUUGGACAAGAUGUGGAGGAGGAAGAAGAGGUGAAGGAUGCGGAGAUGAUAGACGUGGACAAGUGCAAGGAGGAUGCUGAGUUGGAGGAGCGAGAGGAGCAAGGACGGUGGGAUUAG